AUGCAUGCCAUCUCUGUGGACAAAGUGCAGUAUUUCAGAAUCAGUGCAGAUAAUGGAAACCUCUAUGUGAAUGACAGGAUAGAUAGGGAAGAAAUAUGUGACACAACCCCACUAUGCAUUCUUAAUCUUGAAGUGGUUAUUGAAAAUCCUUUAGACAUUUACCAUCUAAAAAUAGAGAUACAGGACAUUAAUGAUAAUGCACCACAGUUUCUCAAUUCUCAGUCUGGAACAGUUAUUGCUCUCAUCAAUGUACAUGACAGAGAUGCUGGUGAUAAUGGAGAGGUUACUUGUUAUUUGCAAAAUGAUUUCCCCUUUAAGAUAUUUCCAUCAUCUAAAAAUUACUACAAGCUCAUGAUAGAUAGACCACUGGACAGAGAAAAAGCAUCACAAUAUAAUAUUACAGUCACAGCCACUGACAAAGGAACCCCUCCCCUGAGUACAAAUAAAACCAUCUUGCUGCAGAUCUCUGAUAUCAAUGACAACUCCCCUGCUUUUGAGAAAGCUUCCUACAGCGUCUAUGUGCCAGAAAACAAUCCUUCUGGCGCCUCCAUCUUCCAGAUUCAGGCCUUUGAUCCAGAUGUGGACCAGAACUCACGGAUCACAUAUUCCAUCCUCACCAGCAACAUUGAAGAACUUCCCAUCUCUUCCUGUAUCUCCAUUCAUUCUGAGACUGGCACCAUCUACGCCCAGAGAUCCUUUGACUAUGAGCAGUUCAGGGAAUUCCAGAUGCAGGUGAAGGCCCAAGAUGGUGGUAGUCCCCCGCUCAGCAGCAAUGUCACGGUCAGGGUGUUUAUCCUGGAUCGGAAUGAUAACAGCCCCCAAAUCCUGUCCCCUUUGCCAGAAUCCAAAGACUCUGCCCACUUUGAGGUGGUUCCUCGUUCAGCCGAGGCAGAUUAUCUGGUAACAAAGGAGGUGGCUGUGGAUGCUGAUUCCGGACACAACGCCUGGCUCUCCUACCACCUGAUUCAAGCCACAGAGCCGGCGCUCUUCAUUGUUGGGUCUCAUACGGGUGAGAUCAGGACAGCGAGAACCUUUCUGGAAAGAGAUGCUGUGAAGCAGAGACUCAUCGUUCUGGUGAAGGAUAAUGGGCGGCCACCUCUCUCAGCCACCGUCACUCUGAACCUGGUGUUUGCUGAGAACUUCCAGGAGGCCCUUCCGGAGAUGAAAACCCAGACGAACAGCUCAGAGGAUCAGUCUGACCUGCAGUUCUAUUUGGUGCUGGCCUUAGCUGUGAUGUCCUUUUUAUUCCUCUUGUCAGUGAUUCUGGCCAUUGCCAUCAAACUCAGGCAGUCAGGAAGUUCCAGCUUCCUACCGUGUUUUGGCCCCAUUUCCCAUUCCACGACUGGGGUCAUAUUUCCACCCAAUUUUCAAGAUGGGAUGCUGCCUUAUUCCUACCAACUUUGCCUCUCCUCAGAAUCCAGAAAGAAUGAAUUUACCUUCCUGGCACCGAACAUUCAUAUUGCUGAGAAUGUGGUUUGUGGUGAAAAAUCUGAGAUGGUUCUUGGAGGGUGA